AUGGCGUUGGCGGCUACUCUUUCCAAGGAGGAAAUUCAACAAAGUUUGAAAGCGGUGAUAAAGCGAUCGAAAAAGAAAAUUCCUGCUCCAAAAUAUCUGUGCACCCCGUCAUCUCAACAGAUUCAGCAAAAAGUCUCUACUCUGGAAGAGAAGCACACUAUUUGCCAGCAAUUCCGAAAGUUAGUUUGUAGUCAUGGAAGUAUUCCGGAAUUGCAACACGUAUCAGCCUCGUCUAUGAAAAAGAUCUAUGCCAGUCACUCAACGGUGGCCGAUUGUUCACCAGAAAGGCAAAAACUACCAACCGUUCGGUGUUUCGUUGUCCGAUAUUUGAAAAAUAAAUUUCUCGAAGAUGCUUCUCAUCGCCAAUUUUGGUGA